AUGGGUUCCCUCGCCUCCUGGUUCGGCCGGGGAGCAAGCCUACCCAUCGCGAUAGCAGGCACCGUCGCGGCAGUGAGCGCGUUGCUGCCUCUUCUCCGCAGUGCCCUGUGGCCGACGCGCCCCAAGAUCAUCCCCAGCCCACUCAGCACUGUCAUUCCGCGCCUGUCUAAGAGCGAACUCGAGACGCUCGAGUACACGCCCGACGCCUUCCCAGGCGCGCGGGACGUAGAGACACCGUAUGGCUCCAUCCGCGUCUAUGAAUGGGGUCCCGAGUCGGGCGCCAAGGUCCUGUUCAUCCACGGCAUCAGCACAUCGUGUCAGACUCUGGGCAAGCUUGCCCACGCCCUGGUGGACGAGAAGGGAUGCCGAGUCAUGAUGUUUGACCUCUUUGGCCGCGGCUUCUCGGACGGCGUCGGCGAUCUCCCGCAUGACCAGCGCCUGUAUGUCACCCAGGCGCUGUUGGCGCUGGCCUCUUCGCCUCUGCCCUGGACGGGCGCCUCGGCCUUCAAGCUGGUCGGUUACAGCCUCGGCGGGGGUGUCGCAGUCCACUUCGCCGCUACAUUUCCGGACCUGGUGUCGUCGCUUGUGCUGCUCGCCCCGGCCGGGCUGAUCCGCCCCGAGUCGUUCGGCCUCGUGACGCGCUUCGUCUUCACCACGCCUCUGAUCCCCUCGCGCCUGCUGGCCGCUAUCACGAAGCGCCGUCUGCGGCGACCAAUUGCCGCGAGCAGCAAGCGCAAAGCCGACACCGGCACGGCCGACCCCGUCUCUGCGGCCCUCGCCGAGGCUGCCGACCUGCCCGACGCUGGCGCCGAGCUCGACCCGCUCAACCGCCGCGUCCUGCGCUACGUGCAGUGGAUGGUCAGCUACCACGCCGGCUUCGUGCCCGCCUUCAUCGGCAGCAUCCGCGACGCCCCGCUCGUCGGCCAGGAGGCGGCGUGGAGGAAGCUCGGCCUGCGCCCGCAGGGCAGCACGGCCGUGAUCCUGGGAGACGCCGACGAGAUCAUCGACCCGCACCAGUACGCCGAGGACGGGCUGCCGCUGCUGGGCGGGCGCGACCACGCCUACUGGCUUCACGUUCCGGGCGGCCACGACUUCCCCAUGACGCACGCCCGCGAGACGCUGCAGGAGAUGUACAAGGUGUGGGGUUUAUGA